GGAGCGGGGUGCCGGCCUCCGCGCGAGCGCUGGCAACGCGCCCCGGGUCGGCCGCUUUCGGGGCCGGGAGGUCGGGAGGACCUGGUGCAUGGCUCCUUCCUAGACGCGCAGUAGGCGAGCCCCGGGCAGCCCCCUGUCCCACCCUGGCCGGCCUCCCCCGCGGGGGCCAGGAUGCUGAAGAAGCAGUCCGCAGGGCUGGUGCUGUGGGGCGCCGUCCUCUUCGUGGCCUGGAACGCCCUGCUGCUGCUCUUCUUCUGGACGCGCCCGGCGCCCGGCAGGCUGCCCUCAGACAGCGCUCUCGAGGACGACCCGGCCGGCCUCACGCGUGAGGUGAUCCGCUUGGCCGAGGACGCCGAGGCCGAGCUGGAGCGGCAGCGGGGGCUGCUGCAGCAGAUCCGUGAGCACCAUGCCCGCUGGAGCCGGCGGUGGCGGGCGCCCUCGGCCGCCUCGCCCGGCCCACCGCGCCCGCCUGCGUCCCCCGCGCCAGCUGUGAUCCCCAUCCUGGUCAUUGCGUGUGACCGCAGCACCGUGCGGCGCUGCCUGGACAAGCUGCUGCACUACCGGCCGUCGGCCGAGCUCUUCCCCAUCAUCGUCAGCCAGGACUGCGGGCACGAGGAGACGGCGCGGGUCAUCGCCUCGUAUGGCAGCGCCGUCACGCACAUCCGGCAGCCCGACCUGAGCAGCAUCGCCGUGCCCCCCGACCACCGCAAGUUCCAGGGCUACUACAAGAUCGCGCGCCACUACCGCUGGGCGCUGGGCCAGGUGUUCCGCAGCUUCCAGUUCGCGGCCGCCGUGGUGGUGGAGGACGACCUGGAGGUGGCCCCGGACUUCUUCGAGUACUUCCAGGCCACCUACCCGCUGCUUCGCGCCGACCCGUCCCUCUGGUGCGUGUCAGCCUGGAACGACAACGGCAAGGAGCAGAUGGUGGACGCCGGCAAGCCCGAGCUGCUCUACCGCACCGACUUCUUCCCCGGCCUCGGCUGGCUGCUGCUGGCCGAGCUCUGGGCCGAGCUGGAGCCCAAGUGGCCGCGGGCCUUCUGGGACGACUGGAUGCGCCGGCCGGAGCAGCGGCAGGGCCGGGCCUGCGUACGCCCCGAGAUCUCCAGAACGAUGACCUUUGGCCGCAAGGGCGUCAGCCACGGGCAGUUCUUCGACCAGCACCUCAAGUUCAUCAAGCUGAACCAGCACUUCGUGCCCUUCACCCAGCUGGACCUGUCCUACCUGCGGCAGGAGACCUACGACAGAGAUUUCCUGGCCCGCGUCUACGCGGCACCCCUGCUGCAGGUGGAGAAGGUGAGGACCAGUGAGCGCAGCGAGCUGGGGGAGGUGCGUGUGCAGUACACCGGCAGGGACAGCUUCAAGGCCUUUGCGAAAGCCCUGGGUGUCAUGGACGACCUCAAGUCUGGAGUCCCCAGGGCCGGCUACCGGGGCAUCGUCAGCUUCCUGUUCCGGGGCCGCCGUGUCCACCUGGCCCCCCCGCAGACCUGGGACGGCUAUGAUCCGAGCUGGAAUUAGCUGCGCCUGCCUGCACUGCUCCUGCUGGGCUCCUUCCUCUACGCAUGGUGGGCUGAGACAGACCGAGCCCCUAGGCUGCAUCUCCUCUCUGUGUGUCUCUCUUGGGUACAUUUACCUUUUCUUUU